AGACUCUAACACUUAAAUUAAUACCAGGGGACCCAUACAUUAUAUAAAAAGCCUGUCUGCUUUUCCCUUCAGUGUUCAUCACAAGAAUAUGGAACCUCUGUAUUGCUUGGCAUAACUGCGCCACGCAGGGAACCAUUUUCGGGAGCAGGCUGGGAAAAGAAGAGAGAGCCGCGGACGAUGUAACAAUUUUCAAAUCUAUGGCUCAAAGAAACUAGACCAAUAAUAUUCACUUCUUUCCCUGACUUAAUUUCUCUAACCACAAUUUAAUUGGAUGAGAACACCGACAUCAGGGGGCGAAGCAUUUGCGAAACGCACUUUGGGAUGAAGAUUAUGAGAAUAAAGUGCCACAACCAGACGACUGUUUCUGAAUUUUACCUUGUGGGAUUUUCAAUGCUAAAUGAGGCUGGAUCUUACGUUUUUGUUCUCAUUUUUAUUGUUUAUAUUCUAUCCAUCACAGCCAAUACCUUUAUCAUCGUCCUUAUUAAAAGUGAACAACGUCUUCACAAGCCCAUGUACUUCUUCAUUGGGGGACUCUCGUUCUUAGAGAUCUGGUAUCCUACAGUCACUGUCCCCAGACUACUCUUGGCUUUACUGACUAAAGAAGAGUCUAUUUCCUCAGCCGGUUGCCUUACUCAGUUCUUCUUUCAUUUUUCAUUUGGUGCCACAGAAAACUUUCUUCUGACUGUCAUGGCCAUUGACCGAUUUGUGGCUAUAUGCAAUCCGCUACGUUAUUUAGUGAUCAUGGACCAAAGUACUUGUACCACCCUACUUUUGGGCUCUUGGGUCUGUGGGUUCCUAGUUGUCGCUAUCCCUUGUUUACAAAUCUCGAAACUUUCGUUCUGUGUUGGAAAUAAGAUUGAUCACUAUUAUUGUGACUUUGCUCCCCUGAUGAAGUUAUCCAGCUCCGAAACCUCACAUAUUCAGAAGAUGGUCUUUGUGUCGUCUUGUUUUGUAAUAUUAGGUUGCUUCUUCGCAAUUAUUGUGUCCUAUACUUGUAUUAUCCGAGCAACAAUGAACUUCUCCACUUCUUUUGGGAGACAGAAGACAUUUUCUACCUGCGCCUCCCAUCUAGUCGUUGUGAUUGUCUUCUAUGCUACAACUAUUUUCAUGUUUGUUCGACCUACUACCGGUGACCUUUUACACUUAAAUAAGAUAAUUUCAGUCAUUCCUUCCAUUGUAACCCCCCUAUUAAAUCCUAUUAUCUAUACCCUGAGGAACAAUGAAGUAAAGGAAGCUGUAAAGAAAAAGGUACAAGACUUAAAAAUGGAACAAGUAAUAAAUAAAAAAUAUUAA